AUGCACCGUGCAGAACCCUAUUUAAACCACGUUCAUUCCAGACAGUCACGCCGUGUAAGCACUUUUCCCAUGGCAUCUCAUCAGUUGUGGUCCACUCAAGUGCGCAACUCAUUGGCUAAUCCUGAAUGCUAUUCGCCCGGACCAGUGUCUUGGUUCCCUAAUUUUGACACACCUAUGACUUUACCAUGUGCUGAACAGUGUUUUGUAUUGCCAGAAGAUGCAUCCACUGUCGACAGAGGCCGAUCUCUUAGGACCGGGAAUUCCAACUUGGAAAAUGAAUGCUAUGAGUUUAUAUACGAGAAGAGGAGUACACACCACCCCAUUCCUCCACAAGAUGCAAAUACGACGAGACAAGAAAUUCCUCAUCUGUCUGCAGUAUGCUCCUGCGAAAUGGACUUCCGUGUCAUGAACAAUACAGUGGAGGGUGAUUAUUGCACGACACACAUAUCAACCAAACCAGAAACCAGAGACGAUCCAAGCAACCGAACGAAUACUGACUUUGUGAAAUACGAACAGCUGAACGAUUUCGCCGUUACUUGGAAUAUUUCGCAGCAAGAAAUGCACCACCGACCAUUCAGUGAAAUGCAACCAAGUGCUUCCACGAGGUCACAACACAGUCUAAGGAAAGUACAUCAACGCGAACAGGACAAAAACCGAACGCGAUCAUUAAAUGUUGCAUUCUGCCGACUCAGAUCCUGCUUGCCGGAGAUCCCAAAGGACACCAAAUUGACCAAGAUUCGCACACUGCGGUAUGCGAUCAAUCACAUUCGACAUCUGAUGGACAUUGUGCGCCAGGAUGCAGUAGAACAAUCAACAGUUGAGGCAGUGCACGCAGUGUAUCCAAAGGCAUCCGAUGGAACCAUAUUGAAAGACAGUGGCUACGACAGCUUUUUGGAGAAAUUGUGA